ACACUAAAAGAUCAUCUAAUCGUUUUACAGCCUAACGUUUUCAAGCCGGGCUUUGUUAUUGCAUACAUUUUAUGUAAACAAAAGAAAGUUAGCUCGAUGAUCAGCUUAACUCCACUGAUCACCUUGACCCUUGUGUGUCUGGGAAAUGCCGCCAGUGAGAUGUUACCCAACAUACUGUUGAUCCUUUCUGACGAUCAGGAUGUGGAACUACGCGGAAUGUUUCCCAUGGAACAGACGAUUCAGCUGCUGGGUUUUGGGGGCGCUUUGUUCCACAACGCUUUUACGCCCACGCCCAUUUGCUGUCCGGCACGGACGAGUCUGCUUACGGGAAUGUAUGCGCACAAUCAUGGCACCCGGAAUAAUUCCGUAAGUGGAGGCUGCUAUGGAACGCAUUGGCGGAGGUCCCUGGAGCACCGGGCUCUACCGCACAUCCUACAACAGAACGGUUAUAAUACUUUCUUUGGCGGAAAGUAUCUGAAUCAGUUCUGGGGAGUUGGGGAUGUCCCAACUGGGUGGAAUCACUUUAAUGGACUUCAUGGAAACUCCAAAUAUUACAAUUACACACUGAGAGAGAAUUCCGGCAAUGUACACUACAAGUCGACUUACCUAACUGAUCUGCUAAGAGAUCGUGCCGUUGAUUUUAUAAGAAAUGUGACGGAAUUUACAGGAACCCAGGAAAGACAACCCUUCUUCGCCAUGGUGGCUCCACCGGCAGCUCAUCAGCCUUUUACCCCUGCACCCCGACACAAUGGUGUGUUCUCCCAUAUAGAAGCAUUACGCACACCCAGCUUUAACGAAGUUAAGCAGGAUAAGCAUUGGUUAGUGCGUGGUUCCCGCCGGUUGUCCAACAAUACCAUUAACACUAUAGACAAGUAUUUCCAAAAGCGCUGGGAAUCACUGUUGGCUGUAGAUGAGCUGGUGGCCACCUUGGUUGGCGUGCUAAACGAGACGCAAUCCCUGGAGAACACCUACAUAAUUUACACCUCAGAUAAUGGUUACCAUGUGGGUCAAUUCGCACUGCCCUUCGACAAAAGGCAGCCCUACGAAACGGAUAUUGGCAUACCACUGCUAAUCCGGGGACCUGGAAUCGCACCUGAAAGCCAUAUUGACACUGCCGUCAGCUUAGUGGACUUGGCGCCAACGAUAUUGGCCUGGGCUAAUAUUAACACACCCAACUACAUGGAUGGCCAAUCAUUUCACGAGAUUUUGUUAAAUAAAGAGCGAAAAAUACCAUUUUUCGAACGCUCCCUGCUGAUUGAGUACUGGGGCGAGGGGACUGUGGGCACCUACAAUCCCGAAUGUCCAUGGUCUCAGCAAGAUCGUUUGGCACAAUGUACGACGGAAGCAGAUUGUCAUUGUCAAGAUUCGUGGAACAACACGUACGCUUGUCUGAGAAAUAUUCGACACCGGGAAGAUCGCAUUUACUGCGAGUUUCGGGAUAAUGAGAACUAUUUGGAGGCCUAUGACCUGCAACUGGAUCCCUUUCAGAUGACAAACAUAGCCUACGACUUGCUGCCCAUUGAACGGGCUUUGUACUCGUUGCGACUCAAGAAUCUCACCCAGUGCUCUGGUCACUCCUGUUUUCUAUAGAUAUUCAUCAUAUUCACUCUAUGUGAACACUACUCCUAUCUUAACCGAACUUGCAGUCACAAGUGCAGACCACACCAAAUUUGUGUUCGCUUAGCGCAUAUAGUUUUUGGCAUCUUUUUGUAUUCAAAUAUCAUGUGAUCUAAGUACAAACAAAAUUAUUUAUAUUGUAA